GUUUUGAUAGGUCUUGAUUUUCCACAGACCUUUAUCCAAAUAUUUUUGCUGAACUCGUUGUAUUUCAUAGUUUUGAUAGAGAAUCCUUUUAGUUAUACAAAUGUGUUUUUAGAGUCUUGCUAGUUACUACCAUCGAGAAAAGGACUUCAAAUGUCUCAUUAUAAUAUAUGAACUUGUUUUGAUUAACAAAAGAAAACUACAUCAUGUUUCUCGAUUUAAUCUCUAAAGGAUUGCCCUAACAACUUUUUCAAUUAAUAUUACAAUGAAGAAAUUAUUCUAUUCAGAGAUAUAGUCAAUGAAUUACGUGGUUCAAAAAUCAUUUCACAAUCUCUUGCUAAUAUAACUGCACCCGAAGCCCAAGCUAUAUUUCUUAUUUAUAUGAUGAUUACAUUAAUUCAAAAAGAAGGUUAUAUUGAUGAAAUUCAUACAAGAGAAAUUCUUAAUUAAUAUCAAACAAAUACUGAAAAUGAAAAAUUUAAUAUUAUUUAUUAACAUAUUCUACGUCAUGGAUUUCUUACUAUUGAACAAAUAAUUCAAUCAACGAAAGAUUUUUUUUCUACAAGAUGUAAAUAAUUUUCUAUUAAAUAAAUUGAAAAAAAAACAUGUAUAUCGUUGAUUUUAAUUUAGUAUCUUAAUGAAGCUAUACUUAAAAAUCAAUCAAGUGAAUAUAAAACUGUCAUUCAAGAACAAUUUUUAAUUAAUAUACUUGAUCGUAAACAAUUAACUAAUAUACAAUUUGAAUUAGCACUUAAUCAAAAUAUGCGUCGACGUCAAGUUAUUCAAACCAAUAUAUUAAGUGAUCAAAUAAAAACUGUUAAAAUAGUAAAAGAAAAAGCUCAACGAACAGUUGAUCAUGCUCUUUUAAAAAUGGAUGAAAAUAUACAAUCAUUUUCUAAACCAAUACAAAUAUCAUCUCGUUUAACAUAUAAUAGUCUUGUUAAACAACAUAAAUCUCUAAUUGAAAAUAAUCAAGAAUUAUUAAUCAUCGAUAAAAAUAUAAACAAUGAAUUAUUACCAAAUUUACGUUCAUUACGCCAUAAUUAUAUACAAACUAAAAUACCACGAAAUCAAUUACAUUUAUUAGUUGAACAAGGGUGUGGAUGUGGGUGUUCAUUAGAUCUUAUACGACAUAUAAUAUAUCAUUAUU